CGCGCGGGCCGCCGGGAGCCGCGAGGUUUGAGUGAGGGCGAUGGCUGACGAGUCCUGGAAGUUGGAGCAGGAGCUGGAGCAGGGCAGGGCUCAGGCAUGGCCCCAGGGCGGCCACGACAUGGGUGUCCUCAAGCUGCUCCGCCUGCGGGACCAGAUGAAGCAGCAGCUCAUGGAGUACAGCGCGGCCGUUCGUGGCGGUGAAACAACUUUCCUCGAUCAGGUUGUUGAGGAAAAGCAUAUUCAAGGUGUCACAGAAGAUUUGGAAACAAAUAAAGAGGAAAUAGAAGUCUCUUUCUGGAACAAGACACUGGCCUUGCAAAGGAUCCAGCUUAUGGCUGCCCUGAGAAACAAAGUGAAUCAAGGUGAUAAAGACUCAUGUCUGAUCCUGGAAACAGUGAAUCGCAUAGUGUUGCUCAGCCGGACAAUAAUCAAAUAUCAGCAGCUAGCACAUGAGAAGAAACAGAAGUUGAUUGACAUUAAAAGGAAAAGACUCUCACUAAAAAAAGACCAAAGAAGAAAACUACAGCAAAUUCAGACUAUGAAGAAAAAACAAAAGAAGGAAAAAGGAAAUAAGAACCUGGAUGAAGCAAAGAUGCUUCAGAACUUAGAAAAAGAAAGAUUGAUGACUACAGUAAUUCAAAAUGUGUUUCAGAAUAUCAUAAUUGGAAGCGGAGUUAACUGGGCAGAAGAUCCGUCUUUAAAGGCAAUUGUUCUACAGCUUGAAAAAAAUGUCCAUCUUCCAUGAGUCAGGAGAAAUGUUGUUUUUCUCUCUAGAGACUCAGAAUGUGUCCACGCAACUCUGUGAAGUGAAAUUAAAUUUCUGACACACAACAGAUGUUUGAAUGGGUAAUGCAACUGAUGAAAUGAAACUACCUGAAGACCCGCUUCAUAGCUGUCCUGUCCGAAAACUUCAUCUCUCUCUGAAAGACAGCAAUAAUGCAAGAAAGAUGAAUAAUCUAUGUAUUUCAAGUAAAAGUGGACUUAAACCAAGGCUUUCCUGGGGAUGAGUGGGCUGCAGAGCUCGGGCAUGGUACUUGACUCUGCUCUGUCCCAGUGGAAAACCCAAGAUGGAAAUACUUUUUAGCAAGCUUCUACAACUGGGAUUUUUUUGCUAUUAAAGCACUUCGUAUAAUUUGAAACAGCAGAAUUUUUAUACUCUUAGUUCUUCUAACAGCCACUUGUGUCUGAAGUGGUGACUUCAUGCUAUCGACCGUGCAGCUAAGCAGUGUUUUAUCUACAUAUUUUCACCAGCAUUUGCUUUCUUUUUUUGUUUAUAUGAUGUUCAAAUGAAAUUGAAGCUUAGGGUGUAUAGCAUGUUUCGAGACAUGUACUGUCUCUUUUUUUAUCUUAGGCUAUAUUGUCAUUUUUAACUUGGUGAUUAACUAGGAAUUUUUUUAGGUGGGCUUUGAUCGGAUAAUAAGAAUAAAACGCUGAUUUGAC